AUGGACCUGCUUUGUUCCCACAUCGGCGAUCUUCACGAUCAUUUGUCGUCCUUUGUGAACCAGCUGCUGUAUCUCUGCAACAUCGCCAAGUCGCGAGAGCGCUACAUCACCAAGCUGCUGCAGUACAUGGAGAGCUGGAUGGCCUCCGAAAAGGAACUCAUUUCGCUGGAGUACCUUCAGAAACUGAUCGGCGUGGUGAGUUGUGUGACGAAUCUCGCAGAGAACGUGGAAUACAUGGGAUUGAUUCAGUGCUACUGGAAGUUUGUGUAUGCGGCGUGCAAGCGAUAUCCGGAAUGGAAGCUUCUCCUAAAGCAGCCUGCUCCCAAUCUUUCGGGAGUGCGACUGUGGAUGGCGCGCGCGAUGCUGGACGCCGUGAUCCGCGGCGCGACGAUUUCGAACUCCGAGAUCCGCUCUCGCUUCCGCCCAUUAGUGUACUCCAUUCUGCCGGACGGGCUGUUCCAGCGAUUGGUGCUGCUGUUCUCCUAUCCGGGGCCCGAGAAAUGGCAGAGUCGAAUCCAAAUCAACGCGUCGCUGCAGUGGCUUCCCUGGCUCGUCGAUGUUCUGCUCACCUCCCUCAUGGAAGCCGGCACCGUGCAGCUCGGAGCCUCCAUGCGUCGCCUCCCCGCUCUCCCGAUCGAGUUCAUCUCCGUGGACGGGGAGUCGGCUUCGUCGCGGUCUUCGAAUUCGCUGCUGAGCCAGCUGCUUCCGCUGCUUCGACGCUCCGUCUCGCUUCCGACGCCCGAUCUCACGAACAAUCUCAUCGAAUUAGCGUACGGCGAUUCGCGAAUCGCUUACAAACUUUGGGUCGACCUCUUCCCCCUCGCCUGGCGAUCCUUCUCCACCUCCCAGCAGAUCGAGCUGACGCACUGCAUGGUGAAGUUCAUGAGCUCGGACAGCCACCAGAAAACGAUCGUUCCCGCCUGGGAGGAGCUCGACCACGACUUCAAGCAGUGGGGAUCCACGUGCACGCUCCCCUACUGCCAGCAAGCCAAGUCGCGCUAUGGAGACAUCACGACGACGCACGGCUCGCAAGCUCUGCUCGAGGGAAUCAUGCGUUGCGAGCCGCUUCCUCGCCUUCCUCCCAUCGUGUUGCUGCACUUAACGCGCUUUUGCGGAUGCGGACCACAAGCGUCGGUGUUGCUGGAGCGGCUGCGCUCGGAUUGCACGUCGGAGAAGGAGAAGCGGUCCUUCACUGCGUGCCUGGAGAGUGUUUAUAAGGAACUGAACGAGCUGGACGCCUUCGCGGCCAUGAUCAAGUCGAUGAAGCUCCCCGAAUUCCACAAUGGAAUCGUGCUCGAGCGGUUCGGGCGGUACAACACGGCGCAGCUCGCGUAUCUCAAGGGCCUGCGGAACCAGAAGCUAAUCGAGAACGCGGACGCGCUGCGCACGUUGGAGGAGCGGUGGAAGGAGUGCGCGUACAACCUCCGUUUGUACCAGUUGCUCUUCACGUACGGGAAACUGAACAACGACCACAUCGUGCUGAGCUACUGCUUCACGCGCGUGAAUAACUGGGACGAGUACAAACGCAUGGUGACCUUCAUGGUUCCGAAACUGUCGUCGAACAAUCUCGAAGUGCAGCUGAUGAUCAAUCGGUACUAUCAAAUCACGCAGCUGGGCAGCGGAACGAACGUGCGUCCGCCCACCAUCCUCACCGACAUGGUGCUUCGCUCGUACAAAGUGCUUCCGCACCAGCCCGUGAACCAGCACGACCUUCUCUUCCACGCGAACUGUCUGCAGUUCGAUCUGGGCAUGACCUACCACUUCGUGAAGCAGGGUCCCGUCAAAGGAUUCACCGACAACCUCCGCAUGCCGCUGAAGAACCUCACGAUCAACACGCUCAAUCCGUGGGAUCCCCUGCGCAUGUGCGAGGAAGUGAUGAACUGGAGAAGCAGUUUCAUCACGCAGUUCGAUCAGCGAAUCCCGCCAGAUAUGCCGCACUGCCCCAUUCCUUUGUCCUCCUGGUCGCUGCUUCUCUCGCGAGCGGCGCGCGCGCAGAACCUUCCCGAGAUCGCGUAUCAGUACAUUAUGUCGCAGCCUCCCGACUCGUCGUCGCGCUAUGACUCCUUCGAAACCUGGGCGGAGAAAGUGUGGGUCAGUCUGGAUCUCAACACGCUGGACGGGCAGAUCUUCAAGGAUCCGGAAGUGAGCCAGCCGGAGAAUCUGAAGGACAGCCAGCUGGAGACGUUGAACUAUCUGAAGGGGCUCUACUUCCAGAAGAAUCGGAACAUCAGCGAGGCGAUCAACUGCUUCAACCGCGCUUCGAAGGGCCUCAAAGUCUGGGAGUCGUUCUCCUCCAUCUUCUACCAGCGCUGGAAGGAGCACGGCGAGUCCAACGACGCCAAUCAAUGCAUCAAGUCCUGCAUUCAUCAGCUCUGCCAAAGCAGCGACGUGACCAAACCCAUGAUGCGGCUUCUCCACAUCGUUCUGUUCUCCUUCGAGAACCAAACCAUCAGCACCAGUGCUCUCAACAAUCUCCCGCAAGUCCCUACCCUGCACUGGAUCCACUAUCUCCCCGUGCUGCUGUCUCGUCCCACCGAGACGCAGAUGUACUUGUUCAAUCACGUGCUGCGAAGCAUCAUCCUGGAGUUCCCGCAGAUUAUCUUCUAUCCGCUCUACACGCUGUGCCAGUCUCUCGGAAUGCCUACGGAUAAUCCGUAUUACCGACCUACGACGCCUCUCCAUGGCGCUGUCGUGGAGCCAGCGGUCGUGCGAGCGAAAAGACCGUCCCGAUCAACGUUUCCGAUGUCGAUUCUCCUCACUUGUAGACCAUCUACUUCUUCUGGAUCAUCAUUCUCUCUCACUACCCCCACGUCUCCCAACUGCUUCUCUUCCUCGACACGCUCUACUCGCUUCCCCGCGAUCCCUACCGCGAGCUCCUCGCCUCCGUCGAUCGCAUCCUCAGCUCGGCCUAUUCCGAGCGACGCCAUCAAGCAGCGCCUCGACAGCGUGAUUCUCGCCACCUUCAGCUCCAAAUGGGCGGUUCCCUCGACCUUCGCCUUCAUCGAACAAUACGAAAAGGCCUUCCUCUCCGACUUCGCCUCCUCCAUCGUCACUUCCGACGGCCUCGUUCCCAACGCCUCCUUCCCUUCUUCGCUCCAAGCGCUCAUCCAGCGCCUGCUUCUCUGGAAGGACUUCCUUCGCUCCGAGAUCAAGCGCGAUCGCCCCAACCCGAACGCCUUCUUCGGCUGCAAGUUCCUUCCCAACAUCCUGGAAGUCCCCGGGAAGUUCCUCUCCUACACCAACUUCUACCGAUCGCUCCCGACCGUGCAGAGCAUCGCGCCCGUCCAGCCGCGCCUCUACCUCGACCGCCACGGCUCGCGGUAUUUCUCGCUGACCGACGAGCGGAGCCACGAAGCGCGUUUCUAUUUGGAGCAAGUCAACGGGAUCGAGCUGAUUCUGGAAGAGCGCGUGUUGGCGCAGCAGAUCUACUUCGAGAAGAUCUGCUUCGCUUCCCCGCCGAUCCAGUCGCGCCAUCUGCACGCUCCGCUGCCUUGCUAUGUGAACAUCGGGCCCACGCUUCGACUCGUUCGCUCGGAUGCGUCCAUGGUGUCCUUCGAAGGCGUUUAUCAAAGCGUCCUGCAAGACACGUUCGACAAGGAGCAGCUCACCUUCGCCUUGCGGCUUUUCUUCGCCAAUCACUCCGAUCUGCCGCCAAGCGACGCGAUGAAACCCCUCAUCGCCUCUGUUCCCCGCGAGAAGCUUCUAUCGAGCGUGGUGUCGAGCGACACGCUGACGUCCUUCGUGUAUUCUCUGCGACGCUUGGGUUCCUGGAUAGAUUCAAUCGACUCGCGAGCAUCAGCGAUUUCUACGUGUUCCGAAGCGAAUUCGCGCGGCACUACGGCUACUCCCAGUUCAUUCAAUACCUCUUCGCGUUCGUCUCGUUUUCUUUCGGUCACACGCAGGUCUCCGAUGAAUCGCCCGGCGCAUUUGUUGCUGAAUCUCCGCACAGGCGAAGUCACCGCGCUGAACGUCCAUCCGAACUACCUGUCGCAUGAGCAGGGCUACAUCGUGCAGGAGCCUUCCUCCGUCCCGUUCCGCCUCACGCGCAACGUCUGCGCGUUUAUGACGGAGUUCUACGAGGAGGGAAGCUUCCAGCUGGCGACGAGCGCGUACGCUUUGGUAGGAGCGAAGGAGGGCGAUGAGGCGCAGACGUUCAAGCGGAACGAGGAGAUGCUGCAGGUGUACGCGAAGAUUUUCGAGCGGGAUAAUAUGCGGUUGCUGCUGAAGCCCACGGUGAUGGGGGAGACGCGGGACUUCGCGUCGAAUAACGUGGAUUCGUUUGUGAAGAGAGGCCUUCGAUUGGCGCCGAAUGUGGAUUUGACGCCGUUGCAGGAGAGAAAGGAGGAUGUGGAUCGAGGGAUUGUGGAGGCGGUGCAGCAGAGCAAAGAGAUGCAGAACUUGCUGUCGAUGUCUCCGUCCUUCUGCGCCUGGUUUUAG